AUGACACGAAGCUUCCCUUUUAAGCUGGACGAUCCGUCCCUCCUUCACGAGGAAUCACUAUUAAAUGGCCAAUGGGUUCAAGCCCAGUCCGGAAAAAGGUUCGACGUUGAAGAUCCUGGCUCUGGUCAGAUCUGGGCCACUAGUCCCACUAACGAGGUCUGUGACGUUGACAAAUAUGUUGAGUCGUCGGAUGCUGCCUUCCAAAGCUACCGCCACAUCAACCCUCGUCAACGUGCAAAGAUCCUUCUCAAGUGGCAUGAACUCAUCACCAAUGCACGACAAGACAUUGCCAAGAUAGUCGUCUUCGAGACUGGCAAACCUAUGGCAGAAGCCCUCGGUGAGGUGGAUUACGCCCUUGGCUUCGCUUGGUGGUUCGCUGGUGAGGCUGAACGUAUCAGAGGAUCUAUUGCUCAACCCUCUAUAUCUGAUCGUCGAACCUUUGUGAUCAAGCAGCCAAUCGGUGUGUGUGUUGCUCUCGUCCCCUGGAACUUCCCUGUCGCCAUGAUUAUCCGUAAGGUCUCGGCCGCUUUAGCCGCAGGAUGUUCCAUGAUUGUCAAACCAUCGCCCGAAACACCAUUCAGUGUCAUGGCUCUGGCAGACCUGGCCCUUCGUGCGGGUCUGCCUCCAGGAGUGCUCAACGUUAUCUCAACUGAUAAUGCCAACACCCCAUCGGUCAGCGAGACACUCUGCAAGCAUCCGCUUGUCCGCAAGGUCACCUUUACGGGCAGUACUUCUGUCGGCAGUAUCGUCGCGAGGCACUGCAGUUACGGGCUGAAGAAGGUCACUAUGGAGCUGGGCGGAAACUGUCCUUUCAUCAUUUUUAAUGAUGGCAAUCUUGAGCAAGCAGUCUCAGCUCUUAUGAUACUGAAAUGGCGAACCGCAGGCCAAGCAUGCACCCACGCCAAUCGAGUCUAUGUCCAAAGCGGCGUUUAUGACAAGUUUGCGCAGAUGAUGGCUGAGGCCACCAGCAAGCUCCGCGUGGGGCACGGAGCCGACUCUUCAUCCACUAUGGGACCACUGACUACUUCUCGUGGCGUUGACAAAGUGAAGAAACAUGUCGAAGAUGCUGUCAGUAAGGGGGGAAAGAUUCUCUGCGGCGGCAAACAGCCAGAGAACCUUAAUGGAUACUUUUUCGAACCAACUAUCAUCUCUGGCAUGACCUCGGAUAUGCUCACGACUCAAGAAGAGAUCUUUGGACCCAUACUGGGGCUGUACAAGUUUGAAACCGAAGACGAAGUUGUGCAGAAGGCCAAUGAUACUUCAAUGGGCUUGGCAUCCUACUUCUUCACCAGAGACGUCUCCCGAACCUGGAGACUUUUAGAAAGCUUGGAAGCAGGAAUGAUCGGUAUGAAUACUGGUAAUGCCUCAUGUGCUGAGUCUCCAUUCGGUGGAAUCAAGAUGUCGGGCUAUGGCAAAGAAGCAGGCAAGGAUGUGGCUAUUGAGGAAUACCUCAUCCAGAAGACAGGCACUCUGACUGUUGAGGAUGGACCCAAGUUGUGA